UGCCUGGUGCUGGGCUGCAUGAUAUUCCCAGAUGGCUGGGAUUCAGAGACCGUCAGGGACAUGUGCGGGGAGAAGACGGGCAAGUACUCGCUGGGCGACUGCUCCGUGCGCUGGGCUUACAUCCUAGCCAUCAUUGGCAUCUUGAAUGCCCUCAUCCUCUCCUUCCUGGCCUUUGUCCUCGGCAACCGGCAGAACGACCUGCUUCACGAGGAGCUCAAAACAGAGAACAAAGAUUUUGUUGGCACUGCGAGGAUAUAA